AUGGAGGAGGAGUCGGAGUUCUCUGAUGACGAGAAGGAGGAGCAGGAUGUGGAAGAGGACGACGUUGUCGUGGAGGAGGACAGCAAGAAGGAUAAGCAGUCGAGUGAAAAGCUGGUGGACGCGUUGGAGAAGAAGGCUGCCGAGUUCUUCGGGACGGACCCUUUCGCUGCCGAGGAGUUCGGCAAGACCAAGUUCAAGCCUUUCGCCGACUAG